AUGCUAUCCUUGUUGAAAUUUUCACCUAACUGCUUAUCGUUGCAGAGUCGGAACUCCGGUUGGAGGCUUUUCCGACUGCCAACAGGAAUACACUUGGCACAAAGAAUCUUUAUAGGUGUUGCCUGGCCCUACGCCAACGGCCCUCUUCACUUGGGCCACUUGGCGGGUUGCUACCUCGGCGCAGACAUAUUUGCCCGCUACCACCGGAUGCGCGGCAAUGAAGUGUUGAUGGUGUCAGGCAGCGACACUCACGGGACCCCCAUUACAAUCAGGGCCGACCAGGAAGGAAUAUCACCUGCCGAAGUAGUUGAGCGGUAUCACGCGGACUUCCUCAAUAGCUGGGAGCGAUUGGGGAUAUCUUUUGACCUCUUUACCCACACCAACACGGAAAAUCACGAAAAGGUUGUCCAGGAUAUAUUCCUAUCCCUUUUGAAUCAGGGAUACAUCUAUACAGACAACAUGCUUUUGGCAUUCUGCCCCGGUUGCGAGCGUUUCCUGCCUGACCGCUAUGUUGAAGGGACUUGCCCCCAUUGCAGUUACGAGCGGGCCCGCGGCGACCAGUGUGACCAAUGCGGCCGCACACUGGACUCCCAGGAAUUAGUGCAAGCCUUUUGCAUCCUUUGCGGAGGGCCACCUGAGUUCAUGGAGUCGGAGCACUUUUUCCUUAAACUAUCAGCCUUUCAGGAUAGCUUGCUGGAGUGGAUCAAGGACCAGCCUCACUGGCGGGCAAAUGUUUCCAACCAGACACGCAGUUUCCUGGAAGGUGGCCUUAAGGAUCGGGCCAUCACCCGCGAUCUGACUUGGGGCAUUCCAAUUCCCUUGGAAGGAUAUGAGGGAAAGCGGAUAUACGUAUGGUUCGAAGCGGUCAUUGGUUACCUUUCGGCUGCGAUCGAAUGGGCUGCCAACUCGGGCCAACCUGAACGUUGGGAGGAGUUUUGGAAGGACCCUUCCACUCGCAGCUAUUACUUCAUCGGAAAGGACAACAUCCCUUUCCACAGCAUUAUCUGGCCGGCGAUGAUCAUGGGUUACGGCAAUGGGCUCAAUCUGCCCUAUGAUGUGCCGGCCAAUGAGUUCUUAAGCCUCGAAAACAGAAAAUUUUCCACCAGCCAGAAUUGGGCAGUGUGGGUUCCGGACUUUUUGGACCGGUAUGAGCCCGAUCCGCUACGCUAUCUCCUGUCCAUAAAUAUGCCUGAGACCGGAGACGCCGAUUUCUCCUGGAGCGAAUUCGUCCGGCGAAACAACGAAGAACUGGUAGCGACUUAUGGGAACCUGGUUAACCGGGUUUUGUCGUUCACUUAUCGCAAUUUUGAAGGUCUCGUACCUCAGGCCAGGCCACUGGACGAGAUAGACAGGCAAAUGCUUGAUGCAGCCAAGGCAGCGCUGGACGACGUGGGUAACAGCCUGGAACACACUCGGUUUAAGGCUGCUGUUGGACAAGCAUUUGGUUUGGCGCAGGAAGCCAAUCGAUACCUGGACACCAAGGCGCCGUGGCGGUCCAUAAAGACCGACCGGAACGAGGCUGCCAAUACCUUGAAUGUUUCGUUGCAGGUGAUCAAUUGCUUGAAAGUCGUUCUCGCGCCUUUUCUGCCAUUUAGUUCGCAGAAAGUUCACGAAUACCUGGGCCUGGAAGGACCAGUGGAACUGGAGCGUUGGGACUUUGAACACCUGAUUGGGGAAGUGAAGGGCGGGAGUGCCCUACGCCAGCCCGCCCCGCUUUAUAUCAAGCUGGACCCCCAAGUUGUUGAAAUGGAAACACAACGGCUUGGCAACGAAAAUUCGUAG